AUGCAUGGAACAUCACUCCAGAAUCACCAAUCAGCGGAUUUCAAUCCAGGGUCCCCUUACUUUCAACAAGAUGAUGCCGGUUUUGAUCCCACUGCCCUUGACCUCGAUGAGGCAGAACUGCAACCUCAAAAAGAUGAUAUUAAAGUGGAAUAUCACCCACACAGUAAGAUACCAUCAAUCAUUCAUCAUUUUGCGGACUUUUCCCACUACCAUUCUAUGGAAGAUUCUGUGCCUCAUAGCACUUCUCCAUGGGAGCCAUUCCGAACACAGCUAGACUUUGAGGUUGCAGCAAUAGCACUUGAGGCAGCCAUGACUAAGGACCAAACCAACCAGCUCUUUUCCCUCAUGCGCUGCUCUGCAUGUGGUAAUGAGGCUUUCACAUUGCAAAGUCACAAUGAAGUCCAUUUAUUUUGGGAAAUGGCUUCUGAACGGUUUACACCAUUUCAGAGCAGUGUAGUAUCUGUGACAUACCGAAAAGAAGUCCACAAUUUUAACAUCUGCUUCACAAAGCAUUUUGUGUUUGAUGCCCAACGUUUGUACAAGUACAAUGGAAGAUGCUUCACAAGCUUCUUUGAUGAGCCCUGGACUGCCAACACAUUUUGGGAUGCUCAAGUAUAUGCUCAGCCGCUCACAUUCAUUCUUUACACCAAUAAAAGCAAGUUGACAUCCUUUGGAACUCAAAAGGGCUAUCCGAUCAUAGCACAAAUUGUGAAUUUGCCUGUUGAAAUUCUGAAUGGUGUUGGUGUGGCUGGUGGUCGUGUCAUGGGUUGGCUGCCAAUUGUCAAUGAAGAUCAAAAGGAUAGCGGAAAAGCAAGUUUUGUGAAUUUCAAGAAUGUGGUUUGGCAUGAGUCAUUUAUGCAGCUCAUCGAGUCAGUCAUACAGCACUCAAAUACUGGUUAUUGGCUUCGACUUGCUGACUAUGAGGAACAAUGCAUCAUGGCCUUGAUUCAUGGAUUGAAAGGCAAAUUCCCUUGUCCAGUUUGCCUGGUCCCUCAAGAUAUGCAGCCCAUCCACACAGAAGAACUAAGACUAUGCACAAGUGCUGGGUCUCAACAAGCCAGAGAGGAUCACCUAAAAGCAUUCUCACUGCGUGAUGUUGAAAAUAUUUUUUGGAGGGUUCCUUAUUGCGAUAUCCAUCGCACACUCUCGUGGGAUCGAAUGCACACUAAUAAUGGCAGAUUGUGGAGUGACCAUCUGUGGGUGGAGCUUCAGUUUUGGAUCACGGAUUUAGGUCAGAAUGCGGCCGUACAGAUUGAUUCAAACUUUGACACCUUCCAAAGAUGGCCUGACUUGAAGCACUUCUCGCACAUCAUGAAAAUCGACUUUACAGAUAAUGCAACCCACAAAGAUAUAUCAAAGGUAUCUUUGUGUGAAUUCUCAAUGCUGCUGGACGAAUAUAUCGCAAAAUCAGAUCCAGAAACUGGGAAGAAUUGGAACUUUCCAAAAAAGCAUUCAAAUGCACAUCCUAAUGAAAGGAUGCAUGGGCCAUUGCGUGCUAUCUACCUCUGGUGGACAAAUUUCAAAAAUGUUGCUACCCAGAUCCUUCGAUAUGACCACUGGCUGCUGACAUCAACAUCAAUGCAUUCUGAGGUUGAUGACCUGGACCAGUUCACACACCAGAACACCAUUGACCCUGAGGCAGGUGAAGACAUCAAAGAAGUCGCAACUCAUACAUAUUUGGGCACGAAGCAAGGCAACCAGUCUUUUUCACAGAUCGAGCAGGAGCAUGCAGCAGACAUCGCUUUUUCUGGGCGCGUACAUUUUUGGGCUGAUGACCAGGUUACGGUAUUUCAAUACUUGCAUGUGAAUUAUGAAUCUAUGGUCGACUGGCUGAAGACCCAAGACCAGCCAUUUUUUGCGUGUCUCAUUUACAUGUUUUGCUGUUCAAUCGGCGAGAUUGUCCUUUCCCUUGCCCUCAUUCAUCUGUAUAACGUUGCCAUCGGCCAUUGCCGCAGGCAAGAUAUAGAUUUGGGGUUAUAUCGUGUGCAAGCCAAACCUUGCAUGUCUUCAAAACUCAUUUCCAUUGAGUCCAUUAUUCGAGGUGCUAUGCUUGCCAGUGACCCUGCUACAGCUGGGGAUUAUUUUGUUGUGGACACCAUUGAUACUGACAUCUUCCUCCAAAUGAAAUCAUUACAAGCCCAUUUUAUUAACUAG